AUGCGUCCUCAAUCUGGCACCUCGGUCGCAGCUUUUGCUGCGGUCGCCAGUGCUAAGUCACUCUCUGAUGUCUGCACUUUGUCCAACGUCAAAGCUGCCCUACCGGCCGAUGGGAUCCUCAAUGGAAUCAGCUUGAUCCCAUCUUCUUCUACCGCCGCAGUCGUGUACAAUGCCACCCUUGGCGGUGGUAUGGGACCAAGUACCUCCACCAGUGGUGCCACGUAUAAUUACUGCAAUGUGACUCUGACGUACACUCAUCCUGGCAAAGAUGACACGGUCAUUGUCAAGUAUGCGCUCCCGGAGCCGUCUGACUUCAAAACCCGCUUCUACGUCGCCGGCGGAGGUGGCUACUCCCUGAGUUCUGAUGCCACUGGGGGCUUGACCUACGGUGCUGUGGGUGGAGCUUCCUCUGCUGGGUAUGAUGCCCUGAACGGUGUCAGCUACGACGAUGUGGUUCUCUACGGAAAUGGCUCCAUCAACUGGGAUGCAACUCACAUGUUUGGAUAUCAGGCUCUCGGUGAAAUGACCCAGCUGGGCAAGUAUUUCACCAAAGCCUUCUACAGUCUCGCCGACAGCUCUAAGCUCUACACUUACUACGAAGGCUGCUCUGAUGGCGGUCGUGAGGGAAUGAGCCAAAUCCAGCGCUAUGGCGAGGAGUACGAUGGAGUCGUCGUGGGUGCUCCGGCCUUCCGUUAUGCUCAACAGCAGGUCAACCAUGUCUUCCCGGCUCAGGUUGAGAAGACUCUGGAUUACUAUCCUCCUCCCUGUGAGCUUGCCAAGAUCGUCAACGCUACGAUCGCGGCCUGUGAUCCUCUGGACGGUCGGACCGACGGCGUCAUCUCUCGCUCUGAUCUGUGCAAACUUCACUUCGACAUGUCUUCGGUCAUCGGCGAGGAGUACUACUGCGCUGCUGAGACGAGCAGCUCGCUCGGCUUUGGAUUCAGCGGUGCGGCCGCGGGCGCAGGCAGUGAAUCCAGCAACAAGCCUGCUCAGAACGGAACCGUCUCCGCCAAAGGCGUGGCGGUUGCCAAGGCGAUUGUCAACGGUCUGCACAAUUCCAAGGGCCAGCGAGCCUAUCUCUCAUGGCAGAUUGGAUCCGAGUUCUCCGACGCGGCGACUUCGUGGAACAACGAGACCCAGAAAUGGGAGCUAGACAUCCCUUCCACCGGCGGUGAAUUCGUGACCAAGUUUGUCGAGCUGCUGGAUUUGGACAAUCUCUCCUCUCUGGACGGCGUCACCUACGACACCCUGAUCGAAUGGAUGACCACUGCGUACAAUCGCUAUCUGGAUACACUUCAGACAACCCUGCCCGACCUGACCAGCUUCCAGUCCGGCGGCGGUAAAUUGAUCCACUACCACGGUGAAUCCGACCCUUCUGUUCCGGCCGCAUCUUCCGUGCACUACUGGCAAUCCGUCCGUUCGAUCAUGUACCCCGGUCUCACCGACUCGCAGUCCCUCACCCAGCUCGCCGACUGGUACCAAUUCUAUCUCAUCCCCGGUGCGGCCCACUGCGGUGCGAACUCGCUCCAGCCCGGUCCCUACCCCCAGGACAACAUGGAGACCAUGAUUGAUUGGGUUGAGAAUGGCAUUAAGCCAUCUCGCCUGAACGCCACCGUGUCCUCUGGAGACUACGAGGGUGAAGUGCAACGGCUGUGCCAGUGGCCCACUCGCCCACUGUGGCACAGCAACUCGACCUUCACCUGUGUCAACGAUGCCAAGUCCAUUGAGAGCUGGACUUAUGAGUUCCCUGCUUUCAAGGUUCCCAUCUACUAG